AUGGUUGCCAAACUAGCGGCAUUUCUUCUUGGUGCAGUUGUUAUUGACAGUGACAAUCAGAACAAGUCGUCCAGUUUAUCUUGUAAUGCGUUAUCGUUAUUACCUGAAUCAAAUAUAAGAGACCGACCUGGGUGGAUUAAUUCUGCAAUCAAGGAGUCGAAUUAUACAGUUUUUGAUGAAAAGUAUGAGACACCAACAGAUGGAGAUAAACUAAAAAAAGGUUCAAUUGCAAUAAAUGCAGUUAGAGUGGCAGAAGUAGAACCAUUAGACGAACCUUUGUACAGUGUGGUUGAAAAACCAAAGUUUACUGAAAAAAAUAAAAAGCUACAAGACCAAAGUAAAUCCAGUUUUAAUUGGGAACAAACUAAAGUGUCCAAGUGGUUGGCAGUUUAUCCAAAAAUUGUAGAAGAGACAUCAACUAUGGAUAGAAAUAUGCAGCCUGAAAAAGUAGAAAACUCUUGGAAUGAUCCUGUUUCUGUACCUCGAGGUAUUGUUGGAGUAGUUGGACCUUACAGUAAAAUUUAUAAAAAUUCAGCAAAAGAAUGUGAGUACGUGAAUGACAUGGAUGAUUACACUGGAGAUGAUAUGAUGUCUACAGUAGUUGAUUCAAUCAGUCAAGUUGGUACUUUCCAAAGAAAUAAAGACGUUGAUGAAGUUAUAAAACAGGAGAUCCAUCAACGACCGAAAUGGACAAUUCAUCUUUUAGAUGAUAAUGAGAAAAAAUUAGAAGAAUUUGAUGAAAGGGAAGAUAAUCCAAGUCAUUGUGAAGAGAAUAAAUUACCAGGCUAUUCAAUCAAAGAUGAGAAUAAUUGCUAUGAAGAAAAGGCAAACAACGAGCCUCAUGAUAAAGAUAGUUUAAAUGAAACCGGAAGCACAGCAGGAGGUGUUACAGCAGAGGGAAACCAGCCUGAAAGUUCUAAUAGAAAUGAAAGAGUAAGAAACGGAAGCAGUGAACCGGAAGUAACAGCUACAAGUGAAAAACCCAUUUCUACUUCUGUACCACCUAGAUCACUUGUCUCAAGGAUUCUUGCUAGAACUAAAUCUCCCGAUGAUCUUCUAGAUCAUUCAGAACCUUACUCGCAAUUAUGGAUUGUUUUGUCAAACGUUUAUGGAGAACUUAUUAUAAUUCUUAUGCUGGCACUAUGUCUAGCAGAAGUAAUAGAUACUCCAGUACCACUUUUAAGUCUUCAGAGCGUUUUCUUAAUGUAUCUUUACGUCGGCAGUAUUGUUGUCAUCAUAAGUAUUUAUCUUUGGGUCCUUGUUGAUAGCUGUUCAAGUCUAUCAAGUCGAGAUGAUAUUGAAAUUGGUGGUGUCUCAUCAUCAUUAACUAGAUUUGGUUCACUUAAAAGAGCACACAUUUCUAGAACUAAAACUGCUCCGACUAGUUUUUAUAUUCGAAUUGGAGCACUGUUGUUCGGCCUUGCAACUCUCGUUUUUAAUGGUCUAGAAAUGGCAAUGCAUUCUAUGAUGCAAGGAUCUGAAUGUCUUAAUGAUAUAGUUUUUGUUCAUCCUGUACUUCAUGGGAUGUUCACAUUUCUGCAAAUGCAUUUUCUUUUUGUAAAUUCACAAGUAUUAGUAGAGCGUUUUGGAUUAGCAGCAAGAUUUGGUUUUAUUCAUUUAGCUGCUACUAAUAUUGCAGUUUGGGCUCGUCUUAUCAUUUGGGAUUCCGCUCAAGAGUGGACAUAUUUCAUUCAUUUAAGCAAUCAGAAAGAAAAUGAGCUAUUAUCAUCUUCAUUACAUCAACAAGAAUCAAAUCCUGAAUCUACUACUGUCAUACGAGUAACUCGAGAUACUAUAGAAAGUUCAACAGAAUAUUUGAGAAAAUACCAGCCUAUUUCAGAUGAAAAAAUAGCUCAAAUAAUAACUCUCCAAGAAUGCUUUAACACUAAUACUCUCGGACAAUUAUGGACAUCUAGCAUAUCAUUUCUCUACCCAUUUAUCGUUCAGUUCAGUCUGAUAGCAGCAGCUGUAACAUUUGUAAUGGGUCAAAAUGUUGGUAGAAAUCGUUUUUCACAUAAACAAAAAUUUCACAGCGUGAAAGACUUUGCUGCCGGACAUCCAAAAGUAGGUUGCGAUGGUGCUAGUAAAGGCUUAUUUCUUGGAAUUCUCAGCAUGACCGCAGGAAUUGUAGUGAUUCUUAUUUUUCUUGUUGUCCGUGAAGAUGAAAAUUUUCCACCAGCUACAUUAUCAUGGUUGACGUGUGGUACAUUAAUUGGAAUAUUAGCAUUAAGUACAAUUAUGACAAUCAGUGGAUUAAUUCAAGUGAAACAAAUGUCUGUGGUUUCCCGAUCGCUAUCAUCAUUGGACAAUAUUUUAUCUAAUGUUGCCCUGUUUGGUGUUCAACUCCAUUCCAUUUUUACUGCAGUUGUUUGUGCUUGUUUUUUAGCGACGGUUGAUACCAGUAAUGAACUUGAUACUCGAGGUCGGCAUGUAAUGCUUUUAACAGCUUCCCUACUUCAACUUAUACAAUGUUUUGCUCAAAGUACUUUAAUAGCUGAGGCUUCAAAACGAUCGUGCAUUACGAGAUGUCAAAUAAUGACAAAGCCAGCACGACAAGUUGUUACAUUCCUUCUUUUUAGUAAUGCAGUUCUAUGGGCUUUUGAUACUGUAGUUACACAAAAUUGGAUAUCUCAAGAACUUCAAUUAAGAUUCUUUGGUGUAUUAGCUUGGGGAAUUGUUUCUAGAAUCUGUGUACCAUUAUUAGUAUUCUACAGAUUUCACAGUUGUGUAUUACUGCUUGAGAUUUGGACUAAAUGUUACAAAAAUUUGAGGAUUGAUUUACCACUUAACUGACAACGGGACUUGCGAAAUCAAAAUUUAGUAUAUUCAAAAUCUCCAAAGUUUAAACAUCAUCGUAAGAAAGAAAAAAAGACCGUAGUAUUGAAUCUAUGUAAUGAAGAUCACACUACUGCUACUACUGC